AUAUCAAGAUUAGUGAUCUUUGAAACCUUUUGGACCCCACAGCUCGACUAAAUUUUCAAUCUGUCUUAAUACUUUACAAAGAUUCAGUUCCCACAGAAGUGAAGCGUUCCAUUUUAAUCGUUUUGUCGGAUUUUUUCUGACUUGUCACAGUGAGUUUUUAGCAGACGACUUUUACCAUGGCGCAGUCCCUGAAAAUAGUGAAUCGUUCCACAAAUCCCUUCGAAGGUCAGAAACCGGGGACCAGUGGUUUGAGGAAAAAAGUAAAAAUUUUCAAACAAGAGAACUACACGGAGAAUUUCAUCCAAUGUACUCUGAAUGCCAUGGGAGACAAAUUGAAUGGAUCGUUUUUGGCUGUUGGCGGUGAUGGGCGAUAUUAUGUCAAAGAAGCGGUUCUGAAGAUCAUCCAAAUGUGUGCCGCUAACAAAGUGAAGAAGCUGCUGGUUGCGCAGGACGGCAUCAUGUCGACUCCGGCAGUGUCCGGCCUGAUCCGGAAGAAGGGCUGCGACGGGGGCAUCAUCCUGACCGCCAGCCACAAUCCGGGAGGCGAGAACGAGGACUUUGGCAUCAAGUUCAACAUCGCCAACGGAGGCCCCGCCCCCGACGGCGUGACCAAUCGCAUCCACGAGCUGUCAAAUUCCAUCAAGGAGUACCGGAUUUGCCCGGAGCUGUCAUGUGACAUCUCCCGGCCCGGGGUGACCGACUACCUGGUGGAGGGGGAACCCUUCCGGGUGGAGGUGGUGGACUCGGUGGAGGACUACCUGGAGCUCAUGAAGGGGAUCUUCGACUUCCCCGCCCUCAGACAGCACGUGACCGGGGGAUUCAAGCUGCUCAUCAACUGCAUGCACGGAGUGACCGGGCCGUACGCGAAGCGGAUCUUCGUGGAGGAGUUGGGCGCCCCGGCCGAGAGCGUGGUGAACGGGGUGCCCCUGGAGGACUUCGGAGGUCACCACCCGGAUCCCAACCUCACCUACGCCGCCGACCUCGUGGAGGCCAUGAAGGAGGGCGACUGUGACCUGGGAGCCGCCUUCGACGGCGACGGGGACCGCAACAUGAUCCUGGGGAGGAAGGCGUUCUUCGUCUGCCCCUCGGACUCUCUAGCAGUGCUGGCCAACCACCUCGAAUGCAUCCCCUACUUCAAGACGAGUGGGGUCAAGGGAUACGCACGGAGCAUGCCCACCGCAGGAGCCGUUGACAGGGUGGCCGCGAGCACGGGCAAGAGCAUCUACGAGACCCCCACUGGCUGGAAGUACUUCGGCAACCUGAUGGACGCGGGAAUGCUGUCGCUCUGCGGGGAAGAGAGCUUCGGGACCGGAUCGGACCACAUCAGGGAGAAAGACGGCAUCUGGGCUGUACUGGCGUGGCUGUCGGUGCUGGCCAAUCAGAAGAUGAGCGUGGAGGACAUCCUGGGACAGCACUGGAGGAAGUUCGGACGAAACUUCUUCACUAGGUACGACUACGAGAACUGCGACUCUGCCCCCUGCAACCAGAUGAUCUCCGAGCUGGAGACUGCCAUAGCCUCCGGAUCCAUGAAGGACAAGUCCUUCUCCUCGGGGGGCAAGACCUACACGGUGGCCAAGAUAGACAACUUCGAGUACGUCGACCCCGUAGACGCCAGCGUCGCAUCCAAACAGGGCAUCCGCAUCCUGUUCGCGGACGGGUCUCGGAUCGUGCUGAGGCUGAGCGGAACCGGAAGCAGCGGAGCCACGGUCCGAGUCUACAUCGACAGCUACGAGAAGGACCAUGACAAGAUACUGCUGCCCGCACAGGAGGUUCUACAGCCUCUGAUCUCCAUCGCACUGCAGGUGUGCAGAAUCAAGGAAUUCACGGGGCGGGAUGCCCCCACCGUCAUCACAUGAGCGAGACCACUUGGACUUGCGAAAAGCUUCCAUCGGAGCUACGACUGACUCUGUGCCAUACGUUGUUUGUCACUGCCUUGUUUUUGGAUUGAAUGACUCUAUUAAACGUUUUCUUGUUGCUUUAU